AUGACGUUCACUGCGGUUAUUCGUGCUGGUGGUGUAUUUGCCUUUGCGCUAGUAGCUGCCCUCACAGAAGGGUCCACGUUUGUUGAGACCAGUACACUAACAAGCGGCUCCGCAUCGAAAGAAGAAAGCACCGGACUGACGAUCAACGAUGAGGCCCGCAUCUUUGAUGGAUCCGAAGCCAAUCCGUCCCAAUUUCCGUUUGUCGUGAGUCUUCGCAAGGACAAAGCUGGAGGUAAAACCUAUUGCGGUGGCACGCUCAUUGCGUCGCAGUACGUGUUGACGGCUGCUCACUGUGUAAAGACAGAUGUAGCUACAAUCUACGCUUCGAUCGGAUCCGCUUCUGGCUCAGGAACGAGCGAUGGGCAACAAAUCAAGGUGAUCAGAGGAUACCGCCACCCCAAGUACAACCAGUCUGCACAUCUGUAUGAUAUCGGUAUGUUUAAGCUUGAAAAAGCAGUGGAGGCAGAAACGAUUGAAUUAGGUGCAGUCAACGGAUCAGACAACAAGGUCGGUCAUAUUGCUACUGUUGCAGGAUGGGGACUCACUGAAACUGGUUCGCAAAGUUUGUUGCUGGAAAAAGUCAACGUACCAAUUAUUUCCAAUGCCGAGUGUAACAAGCAGUACAACAACCGCAUUACGGAAGGCAUGCUAUGUGCUGGUGACGGAGAAGGUAAAGACACUUGCAGCGGAGACUCUGGUGGUCCGUUGAUUGCGAAUAAUGUGCUGAUUGGAAUUGUGAGCUGGGGAGGCAAGUGCGGUGUGAACUCUGGUGUUUAUACACGUAUAUCCUAUGUGCGAGACUACAUCAUCGACAUUGUGAAGGGUGGGGAUGGCAGCACUUUUGCUUCAAAGUCAUCUAGUGCACGAUCAGAAUUAUCCAAUGAGAUGGGUGCAUCAUCAACAACAACGAAGAGACCUGUUACAGCAUCACCAAUGCCUAUGACAGAUUCCAAUUCAGUGGACUCAACCAAGGAGUUUGCUGCUAUUGAAACAGAAAGUUCAAGUACAGAUCAACAUGCACCAUUGACCGAUGAGAGUGAAAACUUCACGAAAGCUACGGACCAAAGCAAGUGGAGCUCAACAAACGACGUAGAGCAAAGCAAUUCUAAUACGGCUUCUCCUUUGUUGAUUAGUCUAACAACUGACUCAACGAAGAAGACUCGGCACAACAAAAAGAAGUGCGACUCCCAGCUUUGA